GUUAGUCGCGUUUGCCACACGCUGUCGUGAACAUGGCUCGUUGCCAACUGAAAGCGAUGGCCCUUUUGGCCGGCAUCCUCAUCUGCAUGGGCGUGGCCACCCAGGCCGCCCAGGCCGCCCUUCACCGUAUUUCCGUUCAAAGAGCGCCGAACUUUAAGCGCACCCACAAGAACAUCGUGGCCGAAAGGGAUUUCGUUCAGCAGAAGUACAGACUGAACACCGCCAACGGGUAUCCAGUGGAGCCGCUUUCCAACUACGAUAAUUUCCAGUACUACGGCAACAUAAGCAUCGGAACCCCGGCCCAAUACUUCCUCGUACAGUUCGAUACGGGCUCCUCGAACCUUUGGGUUCCGGCCAGUAAUUGUUCGAGCACCGCGUGCUUGGAUCACCAGACGUACAACCUAAGUCAGUCGAGUACUUUUGCGGCCAAUGGAACCCCCUUCUCAAUCACCUACGGAACUGGCAGUGUCUCUGGCUUUUUGGCCGCCGAUAAUGUGGGCUUUGCCGGUCUGACUGUGCAGGGCCAGACAUUCGGUGCGGUGACCACGGAGCAGGGAACCAAUUUCGUGGAUGCCUACUUCGAUGGCAUACUGGGCAUGGGAUUUCCCGCCUUGGCCGCGGACGGAGUUACGCCGACGUUCCAGAAUUUGGUGUCCCAGGGUCUCGUCCAGAGUCCCGUGUUCUCGUUCUUCCUGCGGGAUAAUGGCAGCACCGUGAACUAUGGCGGGGAGCUCAUCCUCGGCGGAUCGGAUCCCUCGCUCUAUGUGGGCGGCCUCACCUACACGAAUGUCAUCCAGGCGGAAUAUUGGAAAUUCCAGACGGAUUACAUCAAAAUUGGGAGCACCAUUGUGAGCACCUACGAUGCGGCGAUCGCGGAUACCGGAACCUCCUUGAUUAUUGCUCCCCUGGCGGAAUACACUCUAAUCGCUGCCUUGUUCAAUGCCAAUUCCGAUGGCCUAUUUCAAUGCACCAGCUUGAGUUCCGUUCCGGAUCUGGUGAUUGUUAUUAACGCAGUGGAAUUCAGGAUCCCGGCCAAGUAUUACAUCAUCCAGGAGGGUGACUAUUGUGCGCUUUCCAUUCAAUCGAUUAACCAGGACUUCUGGAUCAUGGGCGAUGUAUUCCUGGGUCGUUUCUACACCGAAUUCGACGUGGGAAAUCAGAGACUGGGAUUUGCUCCCGUAAAUUCAGCGGAUUCUCUGAGGGGAACGGCCCUUUGGAAGAUUUUGGUCGUUGUACUGCCUUGUGGCAUGUGGAAGUUGAUGAACUAAUUUGCAGAUUGGUUUUGAACGUUUUCCAAACUUUUUUUUCCUAAACAUAGUAUUUUAUUGUAGUUUUUUGGGUCGCCAUUCUUAGAACUAAGUAUUUCUUGGGUGUAUAAAGGAAAUAAAAAUAAAAUGAUAUUUCAAAUAAA